GAUCGUAUAUAAGUGCCGUAGCCGCCUUGAACGUUCUUUUUCGCAACGGGUUUGCCGCCAGAACACAGGUGUCGUGAAAACCACCGCUAAACCUAAACCAAAAUGGGAAAGGAAAAGACUCAUAUCAACAUCGUCGUCAUUGGACACGUAGAUUCGGGCAAGUCUACCACUACUGGUCAUCUGAUCUACAAAUGUGGUGGGAUCGACAAAAGAACUAUCGAAAAAUUUGAGAAGGAGGCUGCUGAGAUGGGAAAGGGCUCCUUCAAGUAUGCCUGGGUCUUGGAUAAACUGAAAGCCGAACGUGAACGUGGUAUCACCAUUGAUAUCUCCCUGUGGAAAUUCGAGACCAGCAAGUACUAUGUGACCAUCAUUGAUGCCCCAGGACACAGAGACUUUAUCAAAAAUAUGAUUACGGGCACAUCUCAGGCUGACUGUGCUGUCCUGAUCGUUGCUGCUGGUGUUGGCGAAUUUGAAGCAGGUAUCUCCAAGAAUGGGCAGACCCGUGAGCAUGCCCUUCUGGCUUACACACUGGGUGUAAAACAACUUAUUGUCGGUGUUAACAAAAUGGAUUCCACUGAGCCACCCUACAGCCAGAAGAGAUACGAGGAAAUCGUUAAGGAAGUCAGCACCUACAUUAAGAAAAUUGGCUACAACCCCGACACCGUAGCAUUUGUGCCAAUUUCUGGUUGGAAUGGUGACAACAUGCUGGAGCCAAGUGCUAAUAUGCCUUGGUUCAAGGGAUGGAAAGUCACCCGUAAAGAUGGCAAUGCCAGUGGAACCACACUGCUUGAAGCUCUGGAUUGCAUUCUGCCACCUACUCGUCCAACUGACAAGCCCUUGCGUCUGCCCCUCCAGGAUGUCUACAAAAUUGGUGGUAUUGGUACUGUCCCUGUGGGUCGAGUGGAGACCGGUGUUCUUAAGCCAGGCAUGGUGGUCACUUUUGCUCCAGUCAAUGUUACAACUGAAGUAAAGUCUGUUGAAAUGCACCAUGAAGCUUUGAGUGAGGCUCUACCUGGGGACAACGUGGGCUUCAAUGUCAAGAACGUAUCUGUCAAAGAUGUUCGUCGUGGCAAUGUGGCUGGUGAUAGCAAAAAUGACCCACCAAUGGAAGCAGCUGGCUUCACAGCUCAGGUGAUUAUCCUGAACCACCCAGGCCAAAUCAGUGCCGGAUAUGCACCUGUGCUGGACUGUCACACAGCUCACAUCGCCUGCAAGUUUGCUGAGCUGAAGGAGAAGAUUGAUCGUCGUUCUGGAAAAAAGCUGGAAGAUGGUCCCAAGUUCUUAAAAUCUGGUGAUGCUGCCAUCGUUGAUAUGGUUCCUGGCAAGCCCAUGUGUGUUGAGAGCUUCUCUGACUAUCCUCCUCUGGGCCGUUUUGCUGUUCGUGACAUGAGACAGACGGUUGCUGUGGGUGUCAUCAAAGCAGUGGACAAGAAGGCAGCUGGAGCUGGCAAGGUCACCAAGUCUGCCCAGAAAGCUCAGAAGGCUAAAUGAAUAUUAUCCCCAAUACCUGCCACCCCAGUCUUAAUCAGUGGUGGAAGAACGGUCUCAGAACUGUUGGUGUCAAUUGGCCAUUUAAGUUUAAUAGUAAAAGACUGGUUAAUGAUAACAAUGCAUCGUAAAACCUUCAGAAGGAAAGGAGAAUGUUUUGUGGACCAUUUGUUUUUUUUGUGUGUGGCAGUUUUAAGUUAUUAGUUUUUAAAAUCAGUACUUUUUAAUGGAAACAACUUUGACCAAAAAUCUGUCACAGAAUUUUGAGACCCAUUAAAACAAAAGUUUAAUGAGAAA